AGGAGACUGUUGGUUUUGUGAAAUAGCUUUCAAUGUUGACUCUUUUGUUGCAUGUCUCUCUACCAGGUAUCUAGAAUUGGAUCCAAUGGAGGGACCAGAAGCAAUUCCCGCUGCCACGCAAAGGAAAGCGACCGGGAAUAAAAGUGGCAGGACGCCGUUUACAUCCACUAAAAUAUUAACGAAGAUCCCUAAAACGAGCUUCGGCUUUUCAGUCGUCUGGACGCACCCGCCUCGAGUCGAGAGGAUAGAAAAGGGAUCGCCUGCAGAGAAAGCCGGGAUGAUGCCGGGAGAUUAUAUCAUUUUCGUUGAUAAGCAUAACGUCGUCAUGAUGCCGGAAGUCGAUAUCUUGAAUCUCAUUAAGUCAUGUGGCAAUCAGUUAACUUUAGAAAUAUUUCGAAGACAUCCGUCCAAAAAUGGCCCAUCUCCUAAUUACCACCAAGCGAAUAAGUUUUCCGGAAGUACUAGCAAGUUACUUACUUCUUCGUCGGCAUUAACCUAUCAUCGACCGUCUACAGUGGGCUCCACCCAUACCACCAACCCUGCUUCCGUCGACUGCAACCGGAAGAGGUUGCAUUUACCCCAAGUCACGUUUAGUUCUGAGAAAACAAUAACGGAUCCGGAAGAAGCCCGAAGAAAAACCCUGUAUCAAAUAAUUAAUAAGGAACAAGCGUACGUAACGGAAUUACAAUUUGGAACCAACAGGUUUCUGUUUCCCUUAGCUGAAAGAAGAGACAUCCUCAGUCCAAUGGAGCAUAGAAUACUAUUUCAAAAUUUAGAAGAGAUUCUAAAAAUAAGUGAAGACAUUUUGGACAAUAUAGUCCAAGAAGACGGGGAACAAAGCAUCCAAAAUGUGCCGUUUGCAUUCUAUAGGAAAUUAGCAGAGUUCACUACGGCCUACAGGAAGUACUGCUCAGGAAUCAAGAAGGCCGAUUGUGUUUUGGCAGAUCGUACAAAAUAUGCAAACUCGGGAUUCGUACGAUUCCUACAAACGCCACUUAUUCCGAGAAAACGACCUGACAUCACGGCCUUUAUUCACAGACCUUUACAGCACUAUAGGGACAUUUUGAACUUGUUUAGUACGGCAUUAGGGUAUUCUAAUUCCAAACAUGACGAUUACAAUCAUCUAGUCAAAAUCGUCAAGGAAAUGCAAGUGACUUAUAGAAAUAUAACAAAAGAGGCUGGAUUUAUGGAACCAGGGGGUGAAGGGCGACUAUUACUUUCCGUUCAAGAUUUAGAAAAUCGCCUUGUUUUCACAAAGUGUAAGCCUUUUAUUUUAAAUAAGCCAGGAAGACAUUGGAUAUUUGGAGGAGAACUUUUCAGGGUAGAAGGGCGAAAUAUAAGACAAUAUUGGACUCUCCUUUUCACAGACAUACUUCUAUUUGCCAAGGUUUCAAGAGACAGAGUACUGUUUAUCACCGAAGAACCCCUUCCCUUAUCAUACAUAGCAGAAAUUAUAUUUACA